AGGCGACGCGACACGACGGCGAGAGAUGCGAGUGAACGUGAGCGAGUGAGCGACGUGGAGAGUGUCCGUGCGUGUUUUUUUCGGCGGUUUUGCGAUUCGCACCGCCGCAGCAUCGCACGUCUCGUCGCGGCCCUAAAAUACGCACCACCUUGCCGGAUCAUCGCCCGCGCGGCCGAACGAACGAGCAAAGCAAGCAUCUGCGGCGAGCGCACUCGCGGCGGUACACGGCUGACAGACACAUCGCGGGCGCAUCGGCAUCGAGCGUAAGUGAGUGAAAGAGAAAGAAGGACCGACGCGGCGACGGCGACGACACGACAACGGUGACGCGGAGUGGGAAAGGCGAUACGCAGUAAGGAUUCGAAAGAGACACAGAAAGGAACACACUGACGUGUGCGGGCGUGUUUCUUGUAGACGUGCGCGUGCGAGCGAGCGAGACAAACGCACUCGAGGACGCAUCGUCGUCGAGUAGAAUACGCGGCAGCGUAACGCCGCCGGUCGCAUUCAACGACAUUCAUGUGACGUGACGAGCCGAUACCAGUCGUACCUGCCUGCGAGGAGGGAGACGACCCCGUGGACGAAGAGUCGCGCGGACAAACGCCAAGCCGGGCCAACGGGGAAGCUUCGAGAUGCUCAAGUUCAUCAGAGGGAAGGGCCAGCAGCCGACGGCCGAGCGGCAGAAGCUGCAGAAGGAUCUCUUCGCUUUUCGAAAGACGACAGGAAUGUCAGCUUAUCAUGCUCCUGGAGUAAUCUAAGUCUAAGCUUAAAGGUGUAUUUCCUCCAAGUAACCAACUUGGAAUUUUAACAUGUCGUCUUCAAUAUUGCUCCGAGAAUGUGUUCGUACAAAUUCACAAGAGGACAGGAAGAGAGGAGGCGGUGACGACGCUCUUUUUAUUUGAACAAUUGUGAAUUGAGAGAUUUGCAUGUUGCGAAGAAUUUCGCUUUUCUGGCAACACUGGACGACGACUGUGCAGCAUGGUUUCCCGAACAAGCCAACGGCUCUCGCCUGGGAUCCGAGUUUGCGGCUGAUGAUCAUCGGCACGGCAUCCGGCGCCAUCAAGGUUUUCGGGAGACCAGGUGUAGAGUUCUAUGGACAACAUUCCGUCGAAAGCGGUGAGAAUGCCGUCACCAAGAUCGUCGCACUGCCGAACGAGGGUCGCGUGGUUUCCUUGUGCGAUGACAAUUCGCUGCAUUUAUGGGAGAUCAAUGAAAGUUCCGUGGUGGAGACGAAGUCGUUGUCGUUGGAAGGCAAAUUGAAAAAGAUCUCAGCAAUGUGUCUCGAAUCGAGUGGGGAACAUCUCUUGUUAGGAACGGAAGGCGGCAACAUCUAUCUACUGAACCUGAAGACCUUCGUCAUGCCGGACAAUAUUAUUUAUCAGGAUGUCGUGAUGCAGAAUGUUCCGGAGGACUAUAAGAAAAACCCAGGAGCGGUUGAAGCCAUUGCAGAGCAACCGGGACAUCCGGAUAACAUCCUGAUUGGUUACAACCGUGGUUUGAUGGUGCUAUGGAAUAAAGCCACUCCGGGAGCUCAGCAGCUGAUGGGUUUGUUUUCGCGUGCGCAGACAUUCGUCUCCACGCAACAGCUGGAAUCGGUUCACUGGAUCUCCGAGAGUCGCUUCGUCUCGUCACACAACGACGGGUCCUACGCCUUUUGGAGCCCAGGUAGUGACGCAGUGCCGGAGCCCACGACGCUUUACGGGCCGUUCCCGUGCAAGGCGGUCACCAAGAUCCUCGUGUAUCCUACCGCGGAACACGGCGAACUCGUCCUAUUCUCCGGUGGUAUGCAGCGCGCCAGUUACGGAGAUCGACACACCAUCACUGUCAUGACCAAGGACAAACAUUUAGUUUUCGAUUUCACGUCCAAGGUGAUCGACUUCUUCACUGUAUUCCCUAAGGAGGAAGACGGCAACAAUGAGAGUCCCAUCAGUCCGGAAGCGCUCGUAGUGUUGGCCGAAGAGGAACUGGUAGCUAUCGAUUUGACCAAUCCCGAGUGGAAGAUGAUGGCUCUGCCUUAUCUGGUGUCUCUCCACGCGAGUGCAGUGACUUGUUCCCAACACGUGCCCAAUGUCCCAGAAGAGCUGUGGGAGGCGAUCGUAGCAGCCGGCAAAGCACAGACAGAACAUCUCUACUCGGAUAAGGCGUGGCCCAUCGAUGGCGGCAUUAUCCUCUGCCAGAAACCGGCGAACCCUGACAAGCCCAAGAGCCGAGAACUGCUGCUUACCGGACACGAGGACGGUACCGUGAGGUUCUGGAACGCGUCUGACGUCCCUCUGACACCUCUGUACAAAUACAAUUCGUCGAUUCUGUUCACUGGCGAACAUUUGGACGUUUUGGAACAGCCGCCGGAGGACGACGAGGAUGAGUGGCCGCCGUUUAAGAAAGUGGGAAUCUUCGAUCCAUAUUCUGAUGAUCCGCGGCUCGCAGUGAAGAAAGUACUUCUCUGCCCGUUGUCGUCUACCUUGGUGAUCGCCGGUACAGCCGGCCACGUUAUCACCGCCAUCAUCUCGUCGGAGCCGGUUAACAAGGAGAUUAAGAGUGUCACCAUGAAUAUAGUCAACGAUCGCGACGGGUUUGUGUGGAAAGGUCACGAUCAUCUACCGCCGCGAACUACGAGUAUAUCCUUCGCGGUCGGCUUUCAACCGCAGAGCCUCCUCCAGUUGUAUCCGCCAGCUGCUGCCACGGCAUUGGCGUUGCACAGUGAAUGGGGACUACUCGCGGCCGGCACGGCGCACGGGCUUGCAGUCUUUGAUUAUACCAGAGGAAAGGCUGUCAGCGUCAAGUGCACGCUCAAUCCAAAUGAUCUCUCCGGUGCAGGUGACACGCCUAUUUCCCGCCGGAAAUCCUUUAAAAAGUCUCUUAGAGAGUCUUUCAGGAGAUUGAGAAAAGGACGUUCGCAGCGUCGAACGAACACUAAUAGUUCUACACAAAAUACCGCACCCGAGAAAAAGAAAGACAGUCCCAGUGUCGCCUCUUCGCCGAGCGGUGAUCUAUCACCGGGAGUGGAAUUGAAACCAGUGGAGAGACAAGUAGAAGCAAGACCCGUCGACGACGCUCUAGGUUCUAUGGUCCGGUGCUUAUAUUUCGCAAGAAGUUACAUUAUUAGCUUACAAAAUACAACUCCCACACUUUGGGCUGGUACUAACAACGGAACGGUGUACGUCUUCACGUUGGCCAUUCCGGCUGGUGCUAGAAGAAUGGAGGAAGAUGUUAAUUGCACGCUGGGCAAGGAAAUACAGUUGAAGCAUCGGGCGCCCGUAAUCGCAAUUACGAUCCUCGAUGGAUCUAGCGUGCCAUUACCAGAGCCCUACGAAGCAGAGAAAGGCGUGACACCCGGACCCGACAUGACUUCUCCACACAGAGUCGUGAUCGCCAGCGAGGAACAGUUCAAAAUCUUCAAUCUUCCGUCCCUGAAGCCGCACUGUAAAUAUAAGCUGACCGCCCACGAAGGAUCCAGAGUGCGUAAAACAGGUUUUGCCAAGUUCUCGUGUUCCGUUGAGCCGACAGGCACUCACGAAGAAACUUGCUUACUCUGUCUGACAAAUCUGGGUGACUGUUUGGUGUUGAGCAUACCGGAAUUGAGGAGACAACUGAAUGCCGCCGCGAUCAAACGAGAAGAUAUUAACGGUAUUUCUUCCUUGACAUUCACGAAAUCCGGAGAGGCGCUGUAUCUCCACUCGAGCUCGGAACUGCAACGAAUUUCCUUGUCGGCCGCGAAAGUGACAAAGGCACAUUGCGCCCUCAAUUUACCGCCGCUUGCUAGAACAUACACGGACAGCGCUAACGAGGUCUCGCAGGAGCAAGGUGUUGUCGAAGGCGCACCCGAGAUCGAAGGAGAGACUCAAGGAAGUCAAUCGCCAACGGUAGUGAACCGAGUUAUCACGGAGAAUGGCGUGGUGGGUUCCACUGGAGAAGAAGAGUCUCCGAAGGAACCGUCGCUGCGACCAGCCACGAGUAGUGUGGACGUAAAUGGGGAUGACGACCGGCAGGAUUUAAGUUCUAUUGGAGACAUCACGAUCGACAGUGUUAAAGAUCACUUACUUAACAGUUCACUUUUCAGAAACGCCACGUCUUCCGAGGAACUCCACAAUCGUUUGGCAGGGCUUAAAAUGGAGGUGACCUCACGGUCUUCCGAGAUAUCUACACAGAAUCAGUCGUUAGUAGUGAAAACUACUACCGUGGUUACGCAGACUACAAAUAGCACGACCGCCAAUGGUGAGGUUGAGACGAGUCAGGCGAACGAGACGCAGCAUGUGAACAGCACUACGGUAGAGCGAGAGAUACGCAGCGGUAUCGAGACAACGACGACACACGCUACCAUCACUCUACCUCCGAACGUCGAGAUUAGUGCUGCGGAUCUGGCCAACCUGGAGAUCACUACGACUACGGUGACUACAGAAGUGUCCAAGGCGCCGUUGGCUAGGCCAGAGGAGGUUGGAUCGUAGGCCUGUUCCAUAUCGUUUCUUCUCUACGCUGACCACACGCAUCGAUUUUGCGCCCCGCAUAUGGAGCUACCAAUAAUUAGUUACUCUUACUUAAUAGGUAAACGUGUACACAGCGGCGACGUAGGUAGGAUUUAUAUACAGUAGGUUUAAAAGAACAAAAAAAAAAAAAGAAAAAUCUAGAUUUCUAUGCAGCAUUUUAGCAUUGAUCACGACGAUGACGACAAUUAAUUUUUAAUACGAACCUUAAGUAUUUUUCACUGACACAUCAGUCAUAUACACACACACACACACAUGUUGUACUCUACUUGAAAAUAUUCUAAAUAGCUUUCCUAAUUGAUGGAGAAUCGAUGGCGAUUUUUAGACGGAAAUAGGCCUAGACAAUGUUUUAUUGUUUUUUCCUUAUUACAUAUGCGGAGCGAAGCAGAUAUGAAUUGUCUCGCUGCGACUUCUUUUUAUCGAGGAAAAUUUUAAGAUUUUUAUUACUGAUAGUUCAAGAUAAUAUAUACGAAGUUUUACAAAGUGCCGUAACGAAACCACCACUUUUACAGCGAAUCUAUCGUCUUUUUAAUCAAUCUAUCGUCUUACAUGGCCGGUCUUGAUUCGUUGAUUCAACGACAAGUCUGCUGGUGCAUGUGCGAUCAAUGUAAUUGUAGACUUGAAAAAAAAAAGAGAAAAGUUCGUAGCUUACUGAUAGAGAGGCAACAAUGAUGAAACAUCACAAAACGUGAAUAAUAUGGCAGCCUUAAACACAUAUGCGAGUUACUUUAUAUUUUUAAUUAUUAUAAAGAUGCGACUUAAGCCAUCCGCAGUAUUUGAAACGUUUCGAACAUCACGCGAGCUCCGCGACGACGGGCGCAAGCACGACCGGCGCGACAACGCGGGGAUGUUCCGAACGACAAAAAGAUAUAGCUACUUAAGUAGAAUUAUACACAAAGUACGAACAAGUAAGAAGAUUAAGCGUGGUGAACUUAAGGGAGGUGUCUGUCGAUGGCCAUGACGUAGGGAGAACGCGUUAAAAAUAUAUUUUUUAUCGAUGUUGCUUAAUCGUUAAGUUUCUUUCUCCUCGUUCGGGGAAACGAGGAGCAUGUAACAGAAUCUUCGGGAUUUCUCGAUUAUUCCGGGACGGCGCUUAACGUACGAUGUAGUUACUUUAACGUUGCAUUUAUCCGCAAUCCUCCGUUUCUCAUCAGACAGAAUAAUCGCAUGGAUAGUCCUUAGCAGAAGCAAUGUGCUAUGCAAAGUGCGUUUCCGCCUUGAUGCACUGUGAACUUUUACGAACAUGUACACGAACAUACAUAUACACAUGCGCGCGCGCGCACACACACACACUCUCUCUCUUUUUCUCUCUCUCUCUUCUUACAUAUCGUUUUGUAUCGAUAUCUUUCGUUGCUUUGUUUUGCAAACGCGAUAGUACCGAUUAUAUGCUCGAAUAUCUUACGCCUUUGAUCUCAGUAGAAUCCUCGCGAGAAAGAGUGUGAUGGCUCACGCCGCGUAUGUUCGGAACUUUUUACUGGGAGCACGGUGUUCAGCCAUGCGUUAAUAAUCUCGCGACACUGUACAAACGCAAACCCGAAGUGUGCAACAGACUGACGGAGGUGGUCGUGACCUCCUUUUGCCUUUUGAUCGCAUUUUUUAACUUCCUCUUUUUAACUAACAAUACACACGACCAAUGAAAGUUUUAUGAUGAAUAUUUCGAUUUUGAACGUGUACCCUCUUCCCCCCUUCGACGAUAAUUUCGAUAAUUCUGAUUAUAAUUUUAAUAUGCAACAUGGGUCUCCUUAGAUAAGUUUUAAUCUCCUAUGUAAUUUCAUACAAUUACGUUUAUUCGCUAUUCCUCAACGAUUUUAUACUCCACAAAGCAUAAUGUAUCAAUCAUGUCUCGCACGCGCGUGUCCGUGCUGAGAAAAAAAGGAAAAAAAGAAAGAAAUGAAAAUUUACAUGCUACAUGAAAACGGAUAAGUGAUCCUCCGCUUAUUAUCGCCCCCGACCGUAAAGCGCAUAUUAUUAACGAUGGUCCUUCGUUCCAUGGAAUCGACGCCGAGUUCGCUGAAGUAUGUGCACUCAUAAUAUUGUAAAUUGUUUUUUACUUUGAUAAAGCGAUGUAUAGUGUACACAGAAGAAAUUGAUGAAACACUGCCCCCGAAAACUUUUUCCUAUCUGACACUGUUAAAUAUCGAUUGUAACAUGUCUUAUUAUAUUUGAACGCCUAUUACGCGAAGAAAUAUAUGAGUAAUUAUUGAUGUAUUUUCUAUUUCAAA